UCUACAAAUCUGCAGUCUGCAGUUAAUAAAUAAUGAUAACAUUGCAAUCAAAGUGACGUGUGUGUUCACGGCGUGUGUGUACAAUUUUUAACACGUUUACAAAUAAGCACAUAAGUAAUAUAAUUCAUUGCGCUUACACCCGUUGAUUAAUUGACCAACUAAAGUAAUUCCUCCGCAGCUGCAAGAUAUACAUGCAUACAUUGUUAAUUUUGGUCAGACAGGAAAACAAAUGCUUAUAGGUUAAUAACAAGCCGAAGUAUUGAAAAUUCCGAAAUGACUACGAAACUGCGAUUGUGAAAGUUUUGAUAAGCAGAGGUAAUUGCGUCAUGUUACCCCAGGUGUAGUGAACAUUUUACUGUUUGGGCAUAACCAUUGGUAAUUGAAGACUGCGUUUUUUUAAGGUGUUUUCGUUGUUGACUUAUUUUCAAGAUUUUAGUAUAUCAGUAUUAGAUUUCGAACUCUUAAGUGUAUAACAAUAAGGUGACACACAAUGGCCAUGAAUGAAGCAAGAUUUGACAUGUUUGACGAUGGAAUAUCUGCAGUUGAUCCCCAACACGUGCAGGGGGACAUGACUGUAGGUCCAAAUUUGAGGAGUCAAGCUAGCCUUGGAGAGCCAGACUUUAGCACGCUCGAUGAACCCAUAAAAGAUACCAUUCUGAGGGACUUGAGAGCGGUAGGAAGAAAAUUUUAUCAUGUUUUGUAUCCUAAAGAAAAAAAAAGUUUGCUCAAAGAAUGGGAUCUUUGGGGACCUCUUGUACUUUGUACAUUCAUGGCAAUGAUUCUACAAGGAUCUUCGGACACAGCAAACAGUUCCAAUGAUGGUGGUCCAGAGUUUGCUGAAGUUUUUGUAAUUGUAUGGAUUGGCUCCAUGGUGGUCACACUAAACAGUAAACUACUUGGUGGAAAUAUAUCUUUCUUCCAAAGUGUGUGUGUUCUUGGAUACUGUUUGCUACCCACAGCAAUUGCACUAAUCAUAUGUAGAAUAAUAUUGAUUGUUGAGCAGAACUUUAUUUUAUUCAUUCUGAGGUUUAUUAUUGCUAUGAUUGGUUUUGUGUGGGCAACUUAUGCAUCAAUGGCGUUUCUUGGAGAUAGUCAACCAUCUGGGAAAAAAGCCUUGGCUGUUUAUCCUAUUUUUUUGUUCUACUUUAUAAUAUCGUGGCUAGUUAUCUCUCAUACAAAAUAAAGUUUAUAAAAAGGGAUGACAGACUAUAACAAGGAUUAAGCACAAAACUCGAAAAAUAAUGGGUUUCAACAAAAAAGUCAACCAAUCAUGGUAUUUGUAAAUUGUCAAAAAGAAAAAAAAAGAAAAAAAAAAUUGUAAUGCAUUUGUGUAAAAGAAAAAGAAGUGAUGUUACGUUGUGCUUGUACGAUUAGUUUGUGUAACGAGAGAAUUUCCAAAAUAUUGUGAUAAUAAGGAUUUUUCUACUUUCUUGCAAAAAUCAACAUUUCUCAGUAUUGUAUGUUUUUUUUUACCAACUUGUUAAAGAAAGAUUCAAUUGAAUUAAAACCAGAUAAUGCACUUAAUUACGUGAAUACGUGUAAAAGUGCACUUGCCUUUGACGAUCUGUAAAUAUGAAUUCACAAGAACGGCGAUAAUGGGUGGAAAUGUAUGUUACAUA